AUGGCCGACCUGCCCUCCCCAACCUCUGGGCUCUUCCUGGAGGUGUCGUUCCGGCGGCUGCUGGCCUCGUGCGAAGAUAUCGUGGCGGGCACCUCCCUGGCCAGGCCAGACCUGAUCGGAAACUGGCAGCAGAGCCCCGUGUUCCACCACUAUGUGGAGACGCUGCAGGAGCAGCUGUCUGAUCUGGAGACCACGGCGGGCAGCAGGGUGUCGCGCCAGCUGAUGCAGCAGUAUGGCGAGCAUGUGGAGGCGCUGGCCAGCCGGCUGCGCAUGCCGGAUGUGCCGCCGUACUGCACCAUGGCCCGGCAGCAGGCGGCCCCGCCGCCGCCGCAGCAGCAGCCAGCCAGCUUGACGGCAGCAGCAACGGGGGCAGCGCCAGGCGCUGCUGCCCCCGUGGCGCCACGGCCGGCGGCAGCAGCACCGCCGGUGCCGGUGGCCCGCACCCCGCCGCUCCCGGCCAGGCCCUCUGCAGCCAGCCGGCAGCCGGAGCCGCAGCCGCAGCUCGCAGCAACGCAUGGGGAGCCGGCGGCUGGCGGCCAGGGCAGGCUGCAGACGCAGCAGCAGCUCCACGAGGAUUUGGCGGAGGAGCUGGCGGGGCUGGCGGCGCAGCUGAAGAGCAACACGCAGGCCAUAGAGGGGCGGCUCCAGGAUCGGGGGCAGCUGCUGGACAGCACCGAGACGGCGCUGGACACGAGCCUGCAGAAAACGAGGGAGAGCAAGGAGCGGGCGGCGCAGAUCCACAAGAAGGGCCGCGCCAACUUCUGCCUCACCUGCCUCGUGAUGCUCAUCAUUGGCCUGCUGUUUGCGGGCAUGUACGUGUUCAUCAAGAUGACGCGGCUGGCGGGCUACCGAGCCACCGUGCCGGUGCCAGCCCCGGACCUUCCCCCCGAGACCACAACCUCUUACUCGUGUGCGCAGCAGUAUGAGCACCUCCGCGCCCACAUACAGUUCCUGCUCAGGCCAGCCAACUACGUGGGCGACAAGUUGGCGCGAGAUGUGGAUUUGUGCAUGCUGAAGCACAGCCUGGCGUCGGGGCGGCAGCUGUGCAGCGCACAGGAGCUGGCGCCCGCGCUGACGGCCCGCGGCCACUCCGUCGCUCUCGUGAAGUCGGCGGGCGGCGGCGUGGGCACCGCGGCCUUCCGCAACCUGCGCCACACGUUCAUCUCGGUGCUGGCAGCGCCGGGGGGCGCCGCCGCGCCACAGCUGGAGUUCAUUGUGGACCCCCACUUUGCCUGCGCCUUCCAGAUAGCCAGCCCAUGCGCCCGGUACGCGGCCCUGCAGCAAAUGCUGCCCCAGUGCUUCGUCGGCAGCCGCGAGCAGCUCGUCAAUCUGGUGGAAUGGGUGUCCAGGGAGAUGGAGUGGAGCUUCAAGCAGACUGGGCGCGCGCUACCACCCUGGCGGGAGCAAAGGGCGGUGCUGACCAAGUGGCAGCCCCGCACGGAGGGGCGGCAGUGCAGCCUGGGCGCAACAGCCAUCUCCCCAGUGGCAUCUCCCCCAGCCUGCUACUGCGUCGGCGCCGCGAGCAAUGCAGCCAUGCUGGGCCGCUACGCCAGCGAACUGUGCCAGUCGCCAGACAGCGUGCUGCUGCAGCGCGCCGCGCUGCUGGCCUGCGGCGCCACCAGCGCCCCCACCUCGCCCACGCACUCUGGCAGCGACUUGCCACGCCGCACAUCAUUGCUGUCUCGCGGCCUGGAGGCCGCAGGCCUGCGCCGCAGCACCAGCACCCCGCCAGGCCGCUCUCUGCCGCAUGGCUGCUGGGGUGGCAGUCCCAGAGCCGGCACCAGCGAGGCGCCCUGCAGCUGGCUGGGGCCGCGCAUUCACACCGUCCGGCGAACCGCCUGA